AUGGACGCUCUUCACCACUACAUCACAGACGACCCCCACGCGCUCUCCUUUGCCGCAGCGACCCUCGUCGCCGGCUGCCUCGUUCUGAAAUGCCUCCUCCCGCCCAAUGCCAAUUCCAAGAAUGAAUGGAAGGGCGACAGUUUCCAAUCCACCGCCGGCAUGAACUUUGUCGGCCCCGUCGCCGCUGCCAUCACCACCACAUUCGUCUACCAUGCGCUGGUGGCUGUCGCAUCGCCCACCGCUCUCCCACUUGUAUGUCCCAAGCGCGUAGCGAACCCGGCGCUAUUCGCAUGGAACUCGUACACAGCGACCAUACUCGUCGUGAUUCUUCUUUUUGCGCCCAUCCGGCUCGGUGCGUACAAGCACCUCGGCAAGAACUUUACAUACAGCCUCGCAGCGCCCAAUAGGCUCGUCACGGACGGCGUGUAUGCAUACGUGCAGCACCCGAGUUACACGGGGUUUCUGUUCGUCAUUGGCUCGUGCAUGGCGCUCUUUUGCCGCUGGGAUGCCGGUGCGAGCUGCUACAUGCCUGAUUUUGCUGCGCGCCUGAUUGAUGCAAUGCCUUUUUCUGCGCUGGUGACGGCAUCGGCAGCGGUUGCUGGGCUCGCUAAGAUUGUUCGCGUUAGAGUCAGCCAAGAGGAGGCGAUGCUUAAGGAGCUGUUUGGCGAUGAAUGGGUGAAUUGGAAUGCGAGAACAGCACGCUUCAUCCCCGGUCUUUUCUAG